UUUCUUCUCUCUUUUGUAUUCAUUACUGAUGUUACAGUACACUCGAUGGAUCCUACUGAUAUUUAUAUUAGAGGUUUGCUGUUUGAAUAGUAACAGGAUUCAAUCCAUACAAGGCAUCACCGACUUUUAUUUGGAAACCAAACCAUAUAAACAGACACGGCUUGUGAUAAAGGCCUUUGACAAUGUCUUUUACUUGCACCUCGAACCAAACACUGAACUCUUCCAUCCUCAAGCCGUCAUCUAUCAAAACGGACAAAAUGUGCCUGUUGAUCGAGACAUUAUUUAUAAGGGACACGUUAUCCAUGCAAAUGAUUCUGAUUAUAUCUGGUCCAAUUAUAAGGAACAACAAGAUUCGCUUGGUUGGGCAAGAUUGAUGAUUUAUAAAAGGCAAUCUUUAAAUCGCAUACUUCCUUUUUU